GCGCAACGCAGGCCGCGCGCCGGAAGGCCACGGGUGCGGGGUCUGCAGGGAGGAAGCGCUCGGGUCCCUGAGGGCGGGGGUGGCCACGCUGGAGGUCGCCAUGACUACCGAACCCGCGGCCGUCGCGCCAUCGGUACCGUCUCUUGUGGAUCGUUACUUCACUCGCUGGUACAAGGCGGAUGUCAAAGGAAAACCCUGUGAGGACCACUGUAUCCUGCAGCACUCUAACCGAAUAUGUGUCAUCACAUUGGCAGGAUCUCAUCCAGUUCUUCAAAGUGGAAAAACAAUUAAAAGCAUUUCCUAUCAGAUCAGUACCAACUGUAGCAGACUUCAGAACAAGGUCUCUGGGAAAUUUAAGCGGGGGGCACAGUUUCUAACAGAACUUGCACCUCUGUGUAAGAUUUACUGCUCAGAUGGAGAAGAAUACACUGUAUCUAGCUGUGUUAGAGGACGGUUAAUGGAAGUGAAUGAAAACAUUCUCCAUAAACCAUCUAUUCUUCAAGAGAAGCCAUCCACUGAAGGCUACAUUGCAGUUGUGUUACCCAAAUUUGAAGAAAGUAAAAGCAUAACAGAAGGGUUGCUGACACAAGAACAGUAUGAAGAAGUCGUGGGGAAACGCAUUACUGCCACAACAGCUACAACGUGAGGACUGAAUUGGAGUAUAAAGCAUUAGAGUCUUAUCCUUCCUUAUGUGGCCUAAACAAUCAGAACCAGUACAUGUGAAGCAGGGGCAGGAUUAACCAGUAAGCCAGGUACAUACGGGCUUGCUUGUGUUUACUUCCUGAUCUGUAGUGUACAGUUUCACGUGGGUGCACAAAACAGGUGAAAUUGUGCACUAUAGAUUAGUAAGUAAGCACAAGUAAGCCCAUGCGUACCUUGCUUAUUGGGUAAUCAUUUGCUGAUGUGAAACAUACUUCUUCACACCCAGCCAUCCACAGGGGAGGCCUGAGCCUUCACUUACCCUCGUUUUCCCUCUCUGCUGUUUGUAACAAGCCUUGGUUCCCCUUUUAUUUUCUACCUCCCAGAUCUGCCCAUGUACUCUGUUCCUCUCUUGCUUCUUUUCCAACAGCUGGCCGGCAAGGGUUUUUCUGAUUUUUUUUUUUUUUUAAUGCACUUUGAGGAAAAUUUGGGAAACACAAAAGUUUUAAGUAGCAAAGUAAAAAUAAUUUACCCAUCAUCCUGAAGCCCAGAAGUAAAUACUACAUUUUGACAUCUUUCUUUUGGAAUGUUAUAGCAUGGCUGUUGUUUAUGCCUCACUUUCCAUCAGUUUGAAGUUUAAAAAAAAAAAAAAAACCUACUGGUCUUUCUUACCCAACUGCUUCAGUAUGACACUACCAAAAAGUCUAACCACCCCCCGACCCCCAACCUCCCAAGGGACAGUGCACUUUGCUUCCUCAAAUCUCCCUUUAGGCUGUGGAGGAGAGGCAGAGUGUAGAGCGUGCCUUCUCUCCUAAUGCUGCUCGGAUGGCCUUCCUCUCUGAAGCAGAGUCGCAUGGUAGUGCUGUGACUUCUUAAAGAGGGACACGUGAAAAGGCUUUGACAAAUACAAAGGGCUUUCCUAACAUAUGGAAGUGUCAUAAUGUAAUGUUAAGCUGGUUACUGCAAUACAAACUCUGCAGUCCUUCAGUCUCACACUCUAGUUAUGGGGUAACCAGUAAAGAAGUUAACUGAGAACACGUAAUUUAAAGGCACAGGUGCCUUUGAACAGAAUAAAGGCUUUCACAUCAUUUAACCAAAAAAAAAAAAAAAUUACACAUUUAUGAUUUGAGGUUGGGUGCUUAUACUGAAUUUCAAAUAAAAGGACUUUUAAAGUUGUUGUUUUUCCUUAAGGGCUGCAUCACUUACAUAUCUUUAAAUAUAUGUUUUUUAAUAAAAUAAUUAUCAUUUAAUACAGAAGAAA